GAUCCGGCGCGGGCGGCGCGCGCUGACGGAGGGCGGCGGCCGCGGCCAGGGCGGCCCGUGGGACCGCGGGCCCCCGGCGCAGCGCCGCCCGGCUCCCGCUCCCGGCCCUGCCGGCCUCCUCCCUCGGCGCCGCGGCCAUGGCGGCCAGCGCGAAGCGGAAGCAGGAGGAGAAGCACCUGAAGAUGCUGCGGGACAUGACCGGCCUCCCGCACAACCGAAAGUGCUUCGACUGCGACCAGCGCGGCCCCACCUACGUGAACAUGACGGUCGGCUCCUUCGUCUGUACCUCCUGCUCCGGCAGCCUGAGAGGGUUAAAUCCACCACACAGGGUGAAAUCUAUCUCCAUGACAACAUUCACACAACAGGAAAUUGAAUUUCUGCAGAAACAUGGAAAUGAAGUCUGUAAACAGAUUUGGCUAGGAUUAUUUGAUGAUAGAUCUUCAGCAAUUCCAGACUUCAGGGAUCCACAAAAAGUGAAAGAGUUCCUACAAGAAAAGUAUGAAAAGAAAAGAUGGUAUGUCCCUCCAGAACAAGCCAAGGUGGUGGCAUCAGUUCAUGCGUCUAUUUCAGGGUCGUCUGCCAGUAGCACGAGCAGCACGCCUGAGGUCAAACCCCUGAAGUCUCUUUUAGGAGACUCAGCACCAGCACUGCACUUAAACAAGGGCACACCUAGUCAGUCCCCUGUUGUAGGUCGCUCUCAAGGGCAGCAGCAGGAAAAGAAGCAGUUUGACCUUUUAAGUGAUCUUGGCUCAGACAUCUUUGCUGCUCCAGCGCCUCAGUCAACGGCCACAGCCAAUUUUGCUAACUUUGCACAUUUCAACAGUCAUGCUGCCCAGAACUCUGCAAAUGCAGAUUUUGCAAACUUUGGUGCAUUUGGACAGUCUAGUGGCUCGAGUGAUUUUGGAGGUUUCCCCACAGCAAGUCGCUCUCCUUUUCAGCCCCAAACUCCAGCAUUUAGAAUGCUUUCAUCUAGCUGCAGUUUUGGUGAAUUUACUUCAGCUUUUCCUCUCCAGGCUUCCAACAGUGGAAGUGCUGGAUCAGUAAAUGCUAAUUUUGCUCAUUUUGAUAACUUCCCCAAAUCCUCCAGUGCUGAUUUUGGAACCUUCAAUACUUCCCAGAGUCAUCAAACAGCAUCAGCUGUUAGUAAAGUUUCAACGAACAAAGCUGGUCUGCAGACUACAGACAAAUACGCAGCACUUGCUAAUUUAGACAAUAUCUUUAGUGCUGGGCAAGGUGGUGAUCAGGGGAGUGGUUUUGGGACCACAGGUAAACCUCCUGUUGGUUCUGUGGUUUCAGUUCCCAGUCAGUCAAGUGCAUCUUCAGACAAAUACGCAGCCCUGGCAGAACUCGACAGCGUUUUCAGCUCCGCGGCCACGUCCAGUAACGCGUAUACUUCCACAAGUAAUGCUAGCAGCAAUGUUUUUGGAACAGUGCCCGUGGGUGCUUCUGCACAGACACAGCCUGCUUCUUCGAGUGUGCCUGCUCCAUUUGGAGCUACGCCUUCCACAAAUCCAUUUGUUGCUGCUGCUGGUCCUUCUGUGGCAUCUUCUACAAAUCCAUUUCAGACCAAUGCCAGAGGAGCAACAGGCCUUUCUGGAGCAAUGCAUUCUCAAGUGUUCCCUCACGCUCAUUUUGCUGCGACCUUUGGCACCGCGUCCAUGAGCAUGCCUGCGGGGUUCGGGACUCCUGCGCCCUACAGUCUGCCCACCAGCUUUAGUGGCAGCUUCCAGCAGCCCGCCUUCCCGGCCCAAGCAGCUUUCCCUCAGCAGACAGCGUUUCCUCAACAGCCGAAUGGUGCAGGUUUUGCAGCAUUUGGACAAAGCAAGCCAGUGGUGACCCCUUUUGGUCAAGUUGCAGCUGCUGGAGUAUCUAGUAAUCCUUUUAUGACUGGUGCACCAACAGGACAGUUUCCAACGGGAAGCUCAUCAACCAAUCCUUUCUUAUAGCCUUAUAUAGACACUUUACUGGAACGAACUUUUACGUGGUCACAUUACAUCUCUCCGCCUCUUGCACUGUUGUCUUGUUUCACUGAUCUUAGCUUUAAACACAAGAGAAGUCUUUAAAAAGCCUGCAUUGUGUAUUAAACACCAGGUAAUAUGUGCAAAACAGAGGGCUCCAGUAACAACUUUUAACCUGUGAAUUGGCAGAAAAAGGUAGCGGUAUCAUGUAUAUUAAAAAUUGGCUAAUAUUAAGUUAUUGCAGAUACCACAUUCAUUAUGCUGCAGUACUGUACAUAUUUUUCUUAGAAAUUAGCUAUUUGUGCAUAUCAGUAUUUGUAACUUUAACACAUUGUUAUGUGAGAAAUGUUACUGGGGAAAUAGAUCAGCCACUUUUAAGGUGCUGUCAUAUAUCUUGGAAUGAAUGACCUAAAAUCAUUUUAACCAUUGCUACUGGAAAGUUACAAAGUCAAAAUUGGAAGGUUUUAUUCAUUCUUGAAUUUUUCCUUUCUAAGAGCUCUUCUAUUUAUACAUACCUAAAUUCUUUAAAAAUGUAGAGGGAUACCUGUCUGCAUAAUAAAGCUGAUCAUGUUUUGCUACAGUUUGCAGGUGAAAAAAAUAAAUAUUAGAAAAUA